AUGUCUGGACACAGCGAGUUGGAGGUUGUUAAUCAGCCUUUCGAAUAUUAUGGUCCACAGCAGCAUGAUAAAUUUAGUCCAGUUGUUGACGGCAACAGGCAAAUAGAUGAGAAUGGCCGCCCAUACUAUCAAGAAGAAACCAAGUUCAUAGGAAUGCCAGUAUUCCCCGCGGAACUUCCAUUCGAUAAUUAUAACCAGUCCCCAAUCGCACUGUCACACAGGACAUCGUCAAAUCUAUCGGCCCAACAAUAUAGCGCCUGCUCGGAGGCUCCGUCAUCACCGGCACUACACAAUGCACCUCUGAUCAAACAACCAAUGUCGACGGAGAAAGAAGCAAUAGUGUAUACAGAAGAUACGCAGAAGAAACGAAAAAUAUGGAAAUGGUAUAUCUUAGCUGGUAUCAUUGGAUUGAUCGUAAUCAUAGCGGCAGUGGUUGGAGGAGUUAUUGCAACUAAGAAGAAAAACGUAGCUACUGUCGAUGAGGUUUCCGGUAGUACAGAAUCUUCUAAUAGUUCAUCACCCACGACUUCGACGACGAAUCCAUCGAUAAGCAAUCACCCCACCUCGACGAUCACUGCAUCGUUGGCGAGCUCUACCGUUGCUCCAUUUCAAAGAAAUGUUGCCGCAAUAUCCUACGAGUCCAACAACGUCAAUAACACUAGAGUGUAUUAUCAAGACAAUCAAGGAAACAUACUGGAAGCACAUAAAAAUGCAUCGAGUGGGAACUGGUCGACAAGUUCAGUCGUUACCGCUAAAAAUGGUUCAUCAUUUGCUGCCGCUGUAACGAUGCCUCAAAAUAAUUUCGAGAUCACUCUAUUGUACUCGGAUUCUGACAAUCUCCUUCACGACAUCAUUUAUAAUGUCGCUUCAAAUUCAUGGAGUGAAGGAACCUUGUCUUCCGAGAAGUACAUAAUCUCCGAGAAUUCAAGUGUUGCGGUGAUGUACUGGCAAUGCAGAUUAUGCAGCAACACCACCAUCAUCGCUUUUCAAGAUGCGAACAACAAAAUGCAGGUCGGAAAUCUGACGGCCUCGGGCUGGGAUUUAACCCAGAUCAUGGUUGAUGUUGUAGAUAACACUGGUCUUGCCUUGCAGCCAUUCUACCGUCUAGACGAAGCAGAUCAAAUAAAUUUGUACUACCAAAAUCCAAGUAGCGUCAUGACCAUUUCAGCUUGGGAGUAUCCCACUCAAGCUUGGAGGUUAGAUGCCGCAUCGUACUAUUCCUUCACAUUUAACAUGCCAAUCGCAGCAUCUGCAUCUUACUCACAUGUUGACUGGACUGGCGACGUGAAAACUGGAUUCGAAAGCUGGGGGGAAACGCUCACACUAUCGCGUACUGGUAUCAAAACAAACACGUACUCGGGAGCUGUUAAUACCUGGUCGGCGAUGGGAUCUCAUCCAUCAGCGAUGGCAAACUCGACACAAAAUCCAAAAGUAUUCAAAUCCAUAGCAGUUACAGCGAUUGGAGCUGCGUUUGCGGUUGUGGAAAUUGAUGGGAAAGCAGAUGAGAUCGAAGCGUAUCAAGUGAAAGAUGACGCGGUGAAUUGGGACACGGCUGGGACCGUCGAUAUUGGCGAUAUCUGGGGGUAA